GUGCCGAUUAUUUCAACGAAGCCUCAAGAUUCAAAAGUCACACUGCACAUUUUCCGCGUCGACCAUCCCCAAAUGAUGAACCCAACGACGGAGCCACCCCUCCAGGAGCCACCCCUCCAGGAGCCACCCCUCCAGGAGCCACCCCUCCAGGAGCCACCCUUCCAGGAGCCACCCCUCCAGGAGCCACCCCUCAAGGAGCCGUUCCUCAAGGACCAGUUCCUGAAGAUAAUCCUCGUCGGUGACUCGGGCGUGGGAAAGAGUUCCCUCAUGUUCCGCUUUACCGACGACACCUUCAGUCCCGCUUUCAUCUCCACCAUCGGCGUCGAUUUCAAGGCAACGAUUCCCUCCGCGUGUCGGCAGGCGAAGGUGAUCCCGAUGAAGGGCUACCGCGUCCGCCUGCAGAUGUGGGACACGGCGGGGCAGGAGAGGUUUCGCUCCAUCACCAGCUCUUAUUACAGGGGGGCGCAUGGGGUCAUCCUCGUCUAUGACAUGUGGGCGAGAUCCAUCGAGGAACACGCGGGCGAGGGCGUGAAGAAGACGCUGGUGGGGAACAAAUGCGACAUGGAACACUUGAGGGUCGUUUCCACGGAGCGAGGGCGGGUCAAGGCGGAAGAGCUGGGAUACGCGUUCGUGGAGACGUCGGCAAAGACGAACGUGAACGUGAAGAAGCUGUUCCUGGACCUGGCCGAGGCGAUCCUGGAAGAGAAACUGGAGAAUCGGGACGUCGAGGGUCCCCUGGAUCUCCGAGCUUCUCGG